UGCAAGAGCUGCAUCAACCUCAGAAAAAAAAAGUAGAUCCUUUUGAUUGUCUGCAGCUGUUUAUUAAAUGGUAUUCCGUCCAGCAAGAUGACUUUCUCAGGAUGUCUUUGGUUGGUUUACCUGACCUGCACUUUGCUUGCGUUUGUCUCUCCGGCUCCGAUGCUGGACCAGUACUCUCAGGGUUUGGAUUGGUUGAGCAGGUAUGGAUACCUGCCCCCUCCGGAUCCCCACACAGGAAAGCUGCAGACUAAAGAAGGCAUUGAGAGAGCCAUUAAAGAAAUGCAGCGUUUCGCUGGCCUCAAAGACACAGGCAAACUCGACAGUGACACACUGAAACUGAUGAACACACCACGGUGUUCACUGCCAGACAUUAUAGGGUCUGAGGACAAGCUGAAAAAGCGGAGGAGGAAGAGAAGAUAUGCAACCACUGGGCUUCGCUGGAAAAAGUCUGAAGUCACAUGGAGCAUCCAUAAUUACCCAUCUCUCCCUCCAUUCCUCAAUCCCAGUGAAGUGAACAAUAUUAUGGCCUAUGCCCUUAAAGCCUGGAGUGAUGUGACCAACCUCGAGUUUCGUGCUACAUCCUCAAACAAGCAGGACAAAGCUGAUAUCAAGAUCUCUUUUGGUCGAAUGAACCAUGAAGAUGGGUAUCCAUUCGAUGGGAAGGGAGGGACACUUGCUCAUGCCUUCUUCCCAGGGGAGGCUGAUAUUUCUGGAGAUACACAUUUUGAUGAUGAUGAGAGCUGGACCUACAAAGCUGACUGGGGCACUGAUUUGUUUGCGGUGGCUGUGCAUGAAUUUGGUCAUGCCCUGGGUCUCUCUCAUUCCUCCGCUCAUCAUUCCAUCAUGAGGCCGUACUACCAGGGUCAUGUUGGUGAUUACGCAUCCUACAUUCUUCUGGAAGAUGAUCGUUAUGCCAUUCAGUCGCUCUACGGAAGCAAGAGAAGCACAUCAAAACCAUUCCCAAAUCUUCCCACACCUGCCUUGCCAAAACCACCGAGACCACCUCAGCCCAAACCACCUCAGCCCAAACCACCGAGUACACCUCAGCCCAAACCACCGAGACCACCUCAGCCCAAACCACCUCAGCCCAAACCACCGAGUACACCUCGGCCCAAAGUUCCAAUACAACCUGAUCCAUCAGUCCUGGACCGUUGUAAAGGAGAUUUUGAUGCAGUGGCAAACAUCAGAGGAGAAGUUUUCUUUUUUAAAGGUCAAUAUUUCUGGCGAAUCCAGCAAUCCGGUUCUCUUGUGUCCUUUGAGCCAGUUCUCAUAAAAAACUUCUGGUUCGGUCUUCCUCCCGGCACUAACAAGAUAGAUGCAGUUUAUGAAAGACAAACGGAUAGCAGGAUCAUCUUCUUCAUAGGCUCACAGUACUGGGUAUUUAAAGACAACAUGGCAAUGUCUGGCAACCCACGUCCACUGUCAGACUGGGGGCUGAUCUCUCAUGACGGAAGUGAGGUGAGGAGGGUGGAUGCUGCCUUUAUUUGGGCUCAUAAUGGAAAAACCUACAUCUUCAGUGGUGGAGAGUACUGGAGGUUCUCUGGGACUGAGAAGAGCCGUGCAGAUGCAGAUUACCCCAAAAACGCCAUCCUCUGGACGGGCGUGCCCAGUAACCCAGAUGAUAUCAUCACCGGGAGAGACGGAGAUUGCUAUUUCUUCAAGAACAACUCAUACUGGAUUCUGAAGAACGGAGAAUUAGACAAUGUCAGUCAGAAAUCAACAGCAGUCGAUUGGAUGAUGUGUCCUGAACCGACCAAACUUCCUGACAAUCCACGUCAAAGAGGAGAAUAUGACUGUGACCAGAACAGAGCCUUACAGAUGAGUGCUUCAUCCUGGUUACUGUUGAUCAUAUUACUGUUUUAUCCAGGUGUUCUUGUAUAGGGCCACUUGCAAUAACAACAACAAAAAAAAACCUUCAAACUUAUUUUUACAGAGUCUUUCAAAGCACUUAAAGUGAUAUAUAAUUUCCAAAUAGUACUACGAGCAGCUUUGCAUGGUAAAAGACAGUUUUAUAUUUUAACUAUGCACCUUUAAUGUGUAAAUAUAUUAAAAUGAAUUAUUUUAAGCUUAUUUUAGGGUAAAGUUGAAAUAAAGAGGCUGAAAUGAUAUUAAUGGAACUGUAUACAGUAAAUAAAUAAAAACCUUCAAACUUAUUUUAACAGACUCUUUCAAAGCACUUAAAGUGAUAUAUAAUUUCCAAAUAGUACUACGAGCAGCUUUACAUGGUAAAAGACAGUUUUAUAUUUAUUUUUAACUAUGCACCUUUAAUGUGUAAAUAUAUUAAAAUGAAUUAUUUUAAGCUUAUUUUAGGGUAAAGUUGAAAUAAAGAGGCUGAAAUUAAAUUAAUGGAACUGUAUACAGUAAAUAAAGCAUGCAUUGAAAAAAUGCAUGCUGGGGUCGGCCAUUGCUGGCACAGUGGUUAACCAGAAAAAAAAAAAAAA